GCCAACCAACUACUAGUUACAAGGAGAAAAGUAUUAAACAAAAAAUUAUUCAAUAAUUAAAACAAAACAAAAAUAAAUUAACAAAAUAUAUCUAUUAAUUAAAAAUUAACAAAUGGAAUUCUAUACAAAUUUCGCGCAAAUGGAAAUGUGUACAAAUAGUCGCAUUAGUCCCUCAGAAUCGGAUUCUUCAAAUAGUACAGCUACUAAGCCCCGACAUGUGGUCAAUGCUCGUGAACGUUGUCGUACCCAAAGUUUUUCCAGUGUUAAUUCGGCUUUCAAUACUUUACGCACAUUAAUACCCACCGAACCAUAUGAUCGUAAAUUGUCUAAAAUUGAGAUAUUACGUUUGGCUAAGAGUUAUAUAGCUCAUUUGGAUGCUGUUAUUGUGACAGGUAAUAAUGAAAAGCCCUGCAGCAUUUAUUCCCGAGAAGUACAUCACCAGUGCAAUAAUGAAAGAAUAACCGAAAGCAGAACUGCAAUAUGUACAUUUUGUGCCAAUAAUUUUAACAAAAGUUAAAAUUAUAAUUUAUUUUUUUAAUUAGUUUAUAAUGACCAAAUUAUUUAUUUACCUUAUUCAAAUGUAACGUAUUAAACUGAUUUUU